CACGUGCACAGACCAAUAACUUGAUUGAAUUGAGCAUCCUUUUAGCUCCCAAUCAUCCGAACACUUUAUUUCAGCCUGUGGUGGCCGGCCAGAGCAUAAUAUAUCUACAUUGCUCCUCGAACUGUAAUUUGGUCGGGUGCUGGUCUGUGUGGAGAUUUAGAACAGCCUCCCAUGAGCUCCAGGUCCUCCUCUCCGGACUUUGAAGUCUACAAUGAACGAAAUCUCGCUCCCAAUGCCCAUGACUUGAACCAAGAUCACAUUCCCACGUUGUCAUCUGUUGGUGAUGAGGAACAUCAAUUAGGAUUAGGUCCAAGUCAUCAUGCCGGAGCUAGCAGGAAAUACGACCCUGACCCAAUGGACCCAUUUAAUAACGGAGAGUUAACUUUGAUGGGCCUUAGCAGUAUUGCGGUCUUACUCCUGACCUGUGCCGCCGUGUAUGUUACAGUGGUCAAACUGCAGUUGUGAAGGGAACCUCAGUGACUAUGAACGAUGUGAAGAAUUAUAGACAACUAUGAGUAUCACACAUUGUGUCCUAACUCCCACUAUAAUGGCUCUUUGCUUUCGUCUUUCUUCAUUGCCAUCCAGAACGCGGCAUGGUACACAUAGCUUAGCAUGCCUCCGCUCGACCCAGUAUAAGUUGUGUUGAUCGUUCGCUCGUUCGCAAUCUCAAACCCGAUCUUCUGAGCCAGGAGGCGGACCUCAUCAAGAUCGAGU